AUGUACAAUCAAAUUAAAUCUCAAUUUCCUUCAAAUCAUCAAGAGAUCAUCGCUUUGACUGGUAAUGAUUAUAAAGAACUCUUGAGUGAAACCAUGGACCAAAUUACAAUAAAUUUACAAAUUGAAGAAGGUUUUGAAAGCGUACAAGAUCCAGUUGCAAUCGAUCAAAUACUCAAUCGUCAACUGCAGUAUAAGCAAGUACGGAUGACACAAGUCGGUGAUCAAUUUUGGGAAUCGCUUUAUUGGACGCCUGAGUUAACACGACCCGAUCGGUUACCGAAUGUACUGAAUAAAAUUAUAGAACAAGAUGCUACAGACUCAGACAAAUUUCGCUACAAUUAUUCGCAGCGAGACGAAGCUUUCAAACAAGAUUUAAAACUUAAUGAGAGACUAAAAAUUGACGACUUCAAAAGACACGUAGCGGCAACAGGUAAAGAUACUAGGCGUACAACUGAUAUUGGUGCUCAUGGCAGUUAUGAAUCCGGAGUCAAUUUCGCAGGCAAGGUCUAG